GAGCGAGCGGCGGAGCCCGGCCCGCGAUGGAGUGAGGGAGGGAGCGCGGCCGCUCCGCCCGCCCGCCGCUCUCCCUCCGCCGCCCCCGCGCAGCCCGCCCGGUAGGGAAGGAAGGCAGGAGGAGCCCCCCCGGGGGAGGGGCUGGCGCUGGGUGCAGCCCGGCUGCCGGGCGCGGGGAGUGGAGCGAUGGCGGCGCGGAGAGCCCGGCGGCUCCUCAGCUCCUUGUGCAUCGCCCUUCUCUUCGCGCAGCCCGCACCGACCGGCGCCGCGGCGCGGAGCGGCUCCCGGAGCCUCCUGACGGAAUCGCUUGUGAGAACCUUCACUCCUUUCUACUUCCUGGUGGAGCCCCUGGACGUGCUGUCGGUGCGUGGAGCGUCGGUGAUCAUGAACUGCUCGGCUCAGUGCGAGACCCCUCCCCGAAUCGAGUGGAAAAAGGACGGCUCUUUCCUCAACUUGGUGUCGGACGACCGCCGCCAGCUGCUGCCAGAUGGAUCUUUAUUAAUUAACAGUGUGGUGCAUUCCAAGCACAAUAAACCUGAUGAAGGAUAUUAUCAGUGCGUGGCGACUGUGGACAGCCUGGGGACCAUCGUGAGCAGGACAGCGAAGCUCACCGUGGCAGGUCUGCCCAGGUUCACGAGCCAGCCCGAGCCCACCUCCGCGUACCGCGGCGGCAGCGCCGUGCUGGGCUGCGAGGUGACGGCCGAGCUGGUGCCGCUGCUGCGCUGGGAGCGCGACCGCCGGGCGCUGCCCCCGGAGCCGCGGCUGCUGCAGCUGCCCGGCGGGGCCCUGCUGCUCACCAACGCCUCGGACGCCGACGCGGGGCUCUACCGCUGCGCCCUGGACACCGGCGGUGGGGAUGGAAUUAAAAAUUUUCUUGAGCCGGUUGAAUUUUGGUUCCGAGGGUUUUUGGUGGUGUUUAUCACGGCCAUCUUCUGGUGUUGCGCCUGGUGCCAGCUGCGUGGUGUCCCGUUUGCAGGCGCAGAGGAGCCGCAGAGCCUGGCGCUGCUGAAGCCGCCCUCGUCCCUCAGCCGGCUGCCCGGGCAGAGCGCGCUGUUCCCCUGCGUCGCCGCCGGCUUCCCUCCUCCCCUCAUCCGCUGGACCAGGGACCACGAGGAGCUUCCCACUGACGGGUCUGGCCGGUUCCAGCUGCUGCCUGGGGGUGUCCUGUUGAUCCGGGACGUGGUCGAGGCCGACGCCGGGACCUUCACCUGCAUCGCUGAGAGUGGCAACGACACCCUGGAGGCUCAGGCAGAGCUGACAGUCCAAGUUCCCCCCACGUUCCUGAAGCGCCCUGCGAACAUCUACGCCCACGAGUCCAUGGACAUCGUGUUCGAGUGCGAGGUGACCGGGAAGCCAACGCCGACAGUCAAGUGGGUCAAAAACGGGGACGUGGUGAUCCCCAGUGACUACUUCAAAAUCGUGAAAGAACAUAACCUGCAAGUUUUGGGGCUGGUGAAGUCUGAUGAAGGAUUCUAUCAGUGCAUUGCAGAAAACGAUGUUGGAAAUGCACAGGCUGGAGCCCAGCUGAUCAUUCUUGACCUUGAUGUUGCCAUCCCAACAUUACCUCCCACUUCACUGACCAGUGCCACUAAUGACCAUCUAGCACCAGCGACAGCGGGACCCCUGCCCUCGGCCCCGCGGGACGUCGUGGCCACCCUCGUGUCCACUCGCUUCAUCCGGCUCACCUGGCGACCGCCGGCCUCGGACCCGCAGGGAGACAACCUCACCUACUCCAUCUUCUACACCAAGGAGGGCAUCAACAGGGAACGUGUGGAAAACACGAGUCGUCCUGGAGAGACACAAGUGAUGAUCCAGAACCUGAUGCCAGAGACAGUUUAUGUGUUCCGGGUUGUGGCCCAGAACAGGCACGGCCCCGGCGAGAGCUCGGCACCGCUCAAGGUGGCAACGCAGCCCGAGGUCCAGCUGCCCGGCCCCGCUCCCAACAUCCGCGCCUUCUCCGGCUCCCCCACCACCGUCACCGUCACCUGGGAGACGCCGCUCUCGGGCAACGGGGACAUCCAGAACUACAAACUCUACUACAUGGAGAAGGGGCAGCACACGGAGCAGGACGUGGAGGUGGCAGGCCUGGCGCACACGGUGACGGGGCUGAAGAAGUUCACCGAGUACAGCUUCCGCGUGGUCGCCUACAACAAGCACGGCCCCGGCGUCUCCACCCACGACGUCGUGGUCCGGACCCUGUCAGACGUCCCCAGUGCUCCACCACAGAAUCUAACUCUGGAGGCUCGGAAUUCUAAGAGCAUCCUGCUGCAGUGGCAGCCCCCUCCUGCCGGCACCCACAGCGGGCAAAUCACGGGAUACAAAAUCCGCUACCGCAAAGCGUCCCGCAAGAGCGACGUCACCGAGAGCGUGGCGGGCACCCAGCUCUCCCAGCUCAUCGAAGGUGAGCAGCGCCUGAGCAUCCUGCUGCAGUGGCAGCCCCCUCCUGCCGGCACCCACAGCGGGCAAAUCACGGGAUACAAAAUCCGCUACCGCAAAGCGUCCCGCAAGAGCGACGUCACCGAGAGCGUGGCGGGCACCCAGCUCUCCCAGCUCAUCGAAGAUUCUGCUCUUGGAGCUCUUUGCUGCACCCCAAAGUUUCACUGCUCUCGUUCCAACACCAAAAGUGCUUUGCUCGACCUUCCUGCCUCACGGUCUCCAUGCCACUGCCUUUAUCUGAGAGAAGGCCUUGCUCUGCCUCCCUGUCCUGCAGAGAGCCGUGUGCCCGAGGUGCCCAGCUCCCUGCACGUGCGCCCGCUGGUCACCAGCAUCGUGGUGAGCUGGACCCCGCCCGAGAACCAGGACGUGGUGGUCAGGGGCUACGCCAUCGGCUACGGCAUCGGCAGCCCCCACGCCCAGACCAUCAAGGUGGACUACAAACAGAGAUACUACACCAUUGAGAACCUGGAUCCCAGCUCGCACUACGUGAUAACCCUGAAAGCCUUCAACAACGUGGGGGAAGGGAUCCCCCUGUACGAGAGCGCUGUGACCCGGCCCCACUCCGACACUUCCGAGGUUGAUUUGUUUGUUAUUAAUGCUCCAUACACUCCAGUGCCAGAUCCGUCUCCCAUGAUGCCCCCGGUGGGAGUUCAGGCUUCCAUCCUGAGCCAUGACACCAUCCGGAUCACUUGGGCAGACAACUCCCUGCCCAAGAACCAGAAGAUCACGGACGCGCGGUUCUACACCGUCCGCUGGAAAACCAACAUCCCUGCCAACACCAAGUACAAGACUGCAAAUGCCACCACUCUGAGCUAUCUGGUGACGGGGCUGAAGCCAAACACCCUCUACGAGUUCUCGGUGAUGGUGACCAAGGGCAGGAGAUCCAGCACCUGGAGCAUGACAGCACACGGGACAACCUUUGAAUUAGUGCCAACCUCGCCCCCCAAGGACGUGACCGUGGUGAGCAAGGAGGGCAAGCCCCGCACCAUCAUCGUCAACUGGCAGCCGCCCUCCGAGGCCAACGGCAAAAUCACAGGGUACAUCAUCUACUACAGCACGGACGUCAACGCCGAGAUCCACGACUGGGUCAUCGAGCCCGUGGUGGGCAACAGGCUGACGCACCAGAUCCAGGAGCUCACCCUGGACACCCCCUACUUCUUCAAGAUCCAGGCCCGCAACUCCAAGGGCAUGGGGCCCAUGUCCGAGGCCGUGCAGUUCCGCACCCCCAAAGCUGAGUCCUCAGAUAAAAUGCCCAAUGACCAAGCACACGAUUCUGUUUCCCACACCCUGCUGGAGCACAGAGCUCGCUCAGAACUCAGGGCCUGUUGCUCUCAGGCUGCAGCUGCUUGCACUGGCCUCGUCCUAAAGGAAAGACGAAGGUUUCUGAUGGAAAACAAACAUUUCUCAGGAGAUCCAUCCCCUCCUGCUGAUCUGCAGGAUUCCAGGUUAAUUCCACCAUCUUUGGUGGGCACUGCUUGCUUUUCCUGUGUAAUAAAUGAGCCUUUUCUCCCGUCCCCAACCCUCCCAGGCAGUAACAGUCCCCAUGGCAGCCCCACGUCCCCUCUGGACAGCAACAUGCUGCUGGUGAUCAUCGUGUCCGUGGGCGUCAUCACCAUCGUCAUCGUCGUCAUCGUCGCCGUGUUCUGCACGCGCCGCACCACGUCCCACCAGAAAAAGAAACGAGCUGCCUGCAAAUCCGUGAACGGCUCCCACAAGUACAAGGGCAACUCCAAAGAUGUCAAACCUCCAGACCUUUGGAUCCAUCACGAGAGGCUGGAGCUCAAACCCAUUGAUAAAUCCCCAGAUCCCAAUCCCAUCAUGACAGACACCCCGAUCCCUCGCAACUCCCAGGACAUCACCCCGGUGGACAACUCCAUGGACAGCAAUAUCCAUCAGAGGCGGAAUUCCUACCGAGGACACGAGUCAGAGGACAGCAUGUCCACGCUGGCAGGAAGGAGGGGCAUGAGGCCCAAGAUGAUGAUGCCUUUUGAUUCUCAGCCGCCUCAGCCUGUGAUUAGUGCUCAUCCCAUCCAUUCCCUCGACCCCCCUCACCACCAUUUCCACUCCGGCAGCCUCGCCUCUCCAACCCGCAGCUUCCUGCAGCACCAGCUCAGCCCGUGGCCCCUGGGCUCUGCCAUGUCCCAUUCGGACAGGGCCGACUCCACAGGUGAGAGACCGACCCUCAGGGAGGUGCUGCUCUGUGCAGCAGCCAGGGAAACCCCUGGGAAUCCCAGCCUGAAGCUGGCUCAGUCUCCUCUCUUGACCCUUUCCUGCCCGCAGAGCUACGAGCCGGACGAGCUGACCAAAGAAAUGGCCCACCUGGAAGGACUGAUGAAGGACCUCAACGCCAUCACCACGGCCUGAGCGCCCGCAGCCGCCGCCAGCCUCGGACUCAGCCUUGCAACACAAGGAGUUGUACAGAGGAAA